AUAAUGCCCAUGUAGUUCAGUGCUCAGUAAGUCUGUCAUUGGAUCAUUGUGGCUUGGUGUUAGAAAUGCACCAAGGUCCCCACAAUGCAACCAUUGUUCCAACUAGAGUACAGAAUAGACUAUGGCUAACAAAGAGAGAAAGUGCACUUUUUUAAACAUACAUCCGCAGAUCACAGUGUGGAAGUACUAGUUUAUUUGGGAGUUCUGCCUUUCGUGCCCCUACCAUGAGCCCCACUGAUUCUAAGCGUUGUGGUGCCAAGCGUAGGAAGAACAAGAGAGGAACUUGUCUUAUCCAAUCAAGUCUGGAUUCUGUGGAGGUCAAAUCUGUGGAUACUGCUUCCUCAGCUGCCACUUCAUCCUCAUCAUCUCCAUCUACUUCCUCUGUGGGCAUCUCCUUCCAGGCUGUUGCUACUGUUUCUUCUCCUUCUGCUGGAAAUGAUCUUUUGGCAGCAACUGCCACAGCUGCUCCCUUGGUUUCCAGUGAACGGAUGGGGAAGAGUGAGAUUCCAAAAAAACGUUGUGGAGGAACAAUUAAUUCUAGACAAAGUUGUAAGCGAAGUCGAAUGGACACUUCAGCUGGGGAGGCUGCUUCGCAGACAGAGCCUAUUGACCUUGAAGAAAAUACUUGUGAAGAAGUAGUGGACCUCACGUGUGAGUCUUCAGAACCAAUAGUGGUUGAUCUUACACGUAAUGAUUCUGUUGUGAUAGUUGAAGAAAAUACUUGUCAACAGCAGAGCCAAGAAUUAAGAAGCCAGCAACCCCCUGAGAGCUGUGUAUUAAGCAGUGAUGAUGAUGAAUCGAGAGAUAAUGAUGUGGUGCUGACUAGUACAUUGCCCAGAGAGUUGGAAUUACUGGAAGAUAGAAUUUCAAGUACACGACGUUCAGGUACUGUGAGCUGUCCAAUUUGCAUGGAUGGAUAUUCAGAAAUUGUACAGAGUGGGCGGCUCAUUGUAUCUACAAAAUGUGGUCAUGUCUUUUGUAGUCAAUGCCUUCGUGAUUCUUUAAGAAAUGCCAAUUCUUGCCCAACUUGUAGGAAGAAGCUUGGUUACAAACAGUAUCAUCCAAUUUAUAUAUGAAGCCUUAAUAAAUUCUUCUCCAAAGAAUAAGAACUGAGCUUUCAUGGAUACAUCAUAAAUCUUUAAUUCAGCAAACAAUAAAAAUUAGCAUUCAGACUUAUGCCAAAAUGACAAAUAAUUUUGGAUGAUUCUAGAUGGCCUUUUAAUUGGUCUACCUUGCAUAUGAGAUUUUGUCUCGUUCUGUUAGAAAGUUGGCGUUACAGUUCAUUGGGGCCUACACGUUUGUAGGACAUUUGCCAUGAUAGUAGCUGAUGUUGCCAUAAUUCUCCUGAAGAACUGAAAUGAAACUUUUGCAAAAUAUCUCUUCCACUUUAAGACUUGAGUCAUUAUGCUCAUACUAAUGCAAAUAAAACUGGGAAACAACUAGGGAACCAUCAAGUCUUUGUGUAUUUCACACUGUAAGAAUCAGUCCAAAUCAGUUUCCCUAAAACAAGCUUUUUGUGUCUAUCAUUCUGUCAGUCACUUUAUUUGUAUAGCAGCCUUCCACAAACUGUUAUGAUCAAAGUGGUUCUAGGUAUGCAUGAUUUUCUGAAUUUCCAAGGGGACAAAACUGGACUUUAUAGCCAUACUGUAACACAUUUUUAUAUAAAAUGUGGAGACACUUUAUCUGAAGGCAUUUUCCAGUCAGCGGAGAAGACUGCGAUUUAUGUAGGAAUUUAUGGAGCCAUAGUAACAAAUCUAUGUGCAUGUCCUUCUGUAUCUUCAAAAGCAUAUGUUGAAACCUGCCUUCUCCCCUUUUGGGGAGGAAACAAAAUUGUGCUGUGGUUUUAAAAGUUUAUUUUUGCCCUUUCAAAUAUUCAUGGUAUGAUGCUAAAUUGCUUUGGGCUAAAUCCUUAACAAUGUACUGAUGACCUCAUAUCUUCAACAGCAUAUUGCUGGUGCAUAACUGAUGGGCUAUUAAUAAUUUAGAAUGGUGACAUCGAAAAUAAUACAUUUAUUCUUUAGCAUAUAAUAUAGUAUAAUUUGUGUGGAUUUCUUAAAUAUGUGUGCUACCAUUUGCACUUUCCCCAAACAGAUGUAUAUGAAGAAAUUAAAAGGCCCCCAAAACUUCAUUAACUUACCAUUUGAUUAUUGUCAAAAUGGUCUUACAGUGAAAUUUGACUGCAGCACUAUGUACAGAGUUGCAAAUAUUUAGAAAAACUACUGUUACAUGUAUGAAGCUUUAGCCUUAUUGGAUUGCUACACACUUAGCACAAUGUAAUUUGUGGUACAUCCACAGGUCCCUUUUCUCAGCUCUUUACUCUGUAAUGCACAGUGAUUGUCAGAUGCAGGGGGAAUUAAGUUCUGAAGGGUAAUGAAGACUUUCAGUAAUAUACUGAAAAAAGUGGAAAGUUUGGUCCUUUAACUACAUUAGCAUGCAACUGGUCAUCAGCACAUACCAUAUAACCAUGAGGACUAAUGUGAAAGGUUUUGAAAAUGCUGUCUUGUUCAUAAUACAAAUACUAGUAAAGCAUCCAAAAUAAACAAUUGCGAGUUUUCUCAUUAUACUAAUGUAGUACUGAAGUGGUGACUAUACAUAGAAUAUUUUCCCAUUAUUAGAGAUUUAGAGAAAGUUUUAGAUGCUUCCAGACUGUUUCGAUUAUGAUAGAAUAUCUGUAAGUUCUUCACAGUUUUUAAUGUCCAGAAAGUUGCCACUCCUGCCUUGGUACAAAAAGAGCAAUCUAAAAACUGAGUUUUUCUCUAAUAUAACCUUUGAACCCUUUCUUGGCCUUGUCAGAACUAUAUAUCCAUGAGCAUUCCCACAUGAUUGAGGGUUGCAACUAAAUGAAACAUAUGCUUGUCCCAACCCAUGUAGUUUGGUUAUUUAAGUGCCACAUCUGGUGUUUGCAAAUAAGCAGUUCCCAUAGCACUGAAUUUUAACAGGUUUUAUAGAUGGUAAAGUGGUUUUAAAACGCUUUAUGCAAUUUUUGCCACUUCAGCAAAAUUUUCUUGGAUAUUGUGAAUACAUAUGUCCUUAAAAAAUGUAAAACUUUAUUAACUUUAAGUUUUGGACGUUAUAUUCUCUUAACUGGAGAAACCUAUCACAGUUAGCUAUUUAUCAACUCAGGUCAAUUCCUCUUCCAUAAAUAUGGCAGUGUACAAGAAAUUAUAUCACCUCUAAGGGCAUAUUAAUGCUAAUUAAGGAGUCCCACUUAGAUUUAUUGUUAUUUAAACAUAAUGUCAUUAUGUAUAAACCAAGUGUUUCAUGCAUGGCAUAGAACUGAAAUAAGGGCUGCUUAAUUAACAACAUUUUAAUUCAUGCAAAAAUCUGAAAGACAAUGCCUCUUUUGGAUUCUUACAUAAAUUACAGUGGUGCCUCGCACAACGGGCGCCUCGUAGAGCGAUGAAUUCACUCUAUGAGGCCGGU